GGCUCUGGAAGUGUUACAUAUCAAAAUGGCUUUAACAAUACAGAUAAAUACUGUAUCAGAACUGGAACUGGCUCUUUUAAUUUGACCAUCAUACACUUCGAAGAAUAUGAUUUUGCAACCAACUAUUGUGCUGUGAGCUUCUUGAACAUUAUUAAAUUUGGAGAAGGAACGAUUCUUCUACAUAAAGAGAGUGACGGAAUAAGAAGCACCACUGUUCUCCAGCAGCCUGUAUCUGACAGACUUCAUCCAGGAGAUUCAGUGACUCUGCAGUGUUCGGUCAUCAGUCAGAUCUGUGCAGGAGAAUACAGCGUCUACUGGUUCAGACAUUCAUCAGGACAUUCUCAUCCAGGACUCAUUUACACCCGUGAUAACAGGAGUGAUCAGUGUAUGGAGAGAUCAGAGAACGGCUUUUCUACCCAGAGCUGUGUCUACAGUCUCUCUCAGACUGAACUCAGACCAUCUGAUGCUGGGAUUUAUUACUGUGCUGUUGCCACAUGUGGGAAGAUACACUUUGGAAAUGGAACUAAGUUAAUUAUUGAAGAUUUACAGUUCAUGUGGAACCCAAUUACUUUAGUUCUGGCAACAAUGAACAUCAUGACCAUGAUUGUGAUUACAAUUCUGCUGAUAGUGAUUCAAAAGAUCCUCAUUAGAGGAGAAGAACUUCUACUGUGGGAGAACGUCUACUGUCCUUUUCUGCAUAUUAGUGGCUCUCAUGUCUUCCACCAGGCUCGUAUGACUG